UGGCGGUGGCCGGCGUCCGCGGGCUGGGGGCCGCCUGCCUGCGCCGCUGCCUGCCCUUCUGCCGCUUCGCUCGCCAAGCCGCCGCUGCGCUCAUGGCUCUCGCCGGUCCGCUGCUGUUCCGCGUCGGGUACAGCCUGUAUGCCCACACACGGCUGGGCUACCUCUUCUACCGGCGGCAGGUGAAGAAGGCCCGGGAGCGGUACCCGCAGGGCCAUUCUGCAUCCCAGCCCCACCACUUCCCCGGGGUGAAAAUCGUGCCCAUUCCUGUGCUAUCCAGCAACUACAGCUACCUGAUCAUUGACACUGCCUCUGGACGGGCUGCCGUCAUCGACCCCUCUGACCCACUGGCUGUGCAGGCUGCUAUUGAAGAAGAGGAGGUGAUACUGGAGGCUAUAUUCUGCACCCACAAACACUGGGACCACAGUGGGGGGAAUGCUGUGCUCUGCCAGCAGCACAACUCCUGCAAGGUGUAUGGCAGCACCCUUGAUGCCAUCCCAGAGCUCACCAGCCCGCUCGUGGACGGGGAGAAGGUGAGCGUGGGCUGCCUGACCUUUGAGGCUCUCGCCACUCCUGGCCACACUGUGGGCCAUAUGGUGUAUGUGCUGGACGGGGUGCCCUUUGGUGGCCCCCACUGCCUCUUCUCUGGGGACCUCCUCUUCCUUGCUGGCUGUGGCAGGCUGUUUGAAGGCUCCCCUGAGACUAUGCUCGCUUCCCUGGACGUGGCUGUGGGCUUGGGCGACGAUACGUUACUGUGGCCAGGCCAUGAAUAUGCACUGGAGUGCCUGACCUUUGCCAGCCUCCUGGAGCUGGACAACCCUGCACUGGAGCAGAAGCUGCAGUGGGUGACACAGCAGCGCCAGGAGAAGAGGAGUACGUGCCCCUCCACGCUGGGAGAGGAGCAGACCUACAACCCCUUUCUGCGGACUCACCGUCCAGAACUGCAGGCAGCGCUGGGACUGCACCAGGGUCCAGGGGAGCAGCACAAUGCCUUCCGUGCCCGUGUCCUCAAGGAGGUGCGGAGGCGCAAGGAUCUCUACAAAGCCACCUAGGACCCCACUCUCCAACCCUGUCCUCGCCGCGGGGAUGGAUGCUGCUCAGGUGUGGGAGGGCCAAGGCUGCGGUCUGUUUACCUGUGAAUCUGCCUCCUGGGUUGUGGGGUUGAAGAGGGGAGAGUAGACACACUGUUUGCCUUUGUUACCCCAGACUUGGGGAGUCACCAGCUUGAAACGUCAAAGCACCUCGAUCCUCUUUUGGGGGGUCCAUAUGCCCCACCCCACUGCUGGGUCUGUAAAGAUGGCACCAAGGUCUUGUCCUAACACCCCCACUCAUUCUUCUAGGAGCCCCAAAUUUCCACCCCACAAGCACUCAGGGAGUCCCCCUUUCUCCUGGCAGCCCCCACUACUGUGCAUUACCUUUGCUGGGGGCAGGGCUGGGAUGGAGCCAGCAAGGAAGGGGGCAGUAAAGGAAGGGGCUCCUCUCCGGCAGCCGAUGCUCGGUGCCACACUGCCAAGCGCCCGCCCCGCUGCGUUCCUGAGCACGCACACACCCACAUGCACACACCCACACGCACACACCCACAUGCACACACACACGCACACACACAUGCACACGCACACACCCACAUGCACACACACACGCACACACACAUGCACACGCACACACCCACAUGCACACACCCACACGCACACACCCACAUGCACACACCCACACGCACACGCACACACCCACAUGCACACGCACACGCACACACCCACAUGCACACACCCACAUGCACACACCCACAUGCACACGCACACACCCACAUGCACACACACACACACACACACGCACACGCACACACCCACAUGCACACACCCACACGCACACGCACACACCCACAUGCACACACACACGCACACGCACACACCCACAUGCACACACGCACGCACACGCACACACCCACAUGCACACACCCACGCACACGCACACACCCACAUGCACACACCCACAUGCACACGCACACACCCACAUGCACACGCACACACCCACAUGCACACCCACACACACACACACGCACACGCACACACCCACAUGCACACACCCACAUGCACACGCACACACACACAUGCACACACACGCACACACACAUGCACACGCACACACCCACAUGCACACACGCACACACACGCACAUGCACACGCACACACAUGCACGCACAUGCACACACCCACAUGCACACGCACACACCCACAUGCACACACGCACACACACGCACAUGCACACGCACACACAUGCACGCACAUGCACACACCCACACAUGCGCACACGCACACACCCACAUGCACACACGCACACAUGCACACAUGCACAUGCACACAUGCACAUGCACACAUGCACACGCACAUGCACACUCACACACAUGCACACACGCACACACACACACGCACAUGCACACACACGCACACGCACACACGCUGGGAUGGGACCAUGGGGCUUGCUGGUGGGGUGGGCGUGGGGUGCAGCUGUACUGUGAACUGGAGCCCCUCUCAAAUAAAAGGCUGGAUGGAACUUGUA